AAACUCAUUUGCAGUGGAGACAGCAAACAGCAAACCGUCACCCUGUUACUAACUGGAUCUGAUGCAGGCAGCGAGUGCAGAUUCAAGGGUGCCAGAGCCCAAUCUGGAAAACCCUGCUGUUCCUGUAGGCCUCAGGAGAAACCCACCAAAUGCUGGGGCUCUUGACAAGUUUGCCCAAAAUAUGGCAGAGAACAUAAUCCAGUCAUUCCUUAGCCAAAUGGGAAUGGUGGAACCUGAGGUGUACAGUUGUAAUCAAGACCAGGAGACGUUAGCUGAAGAGUUAGCGUCAGCAGUGAUUGAGACUGCUCUGAGGGAAGUUUGCAGUGGUUGUAAUGGUGAGGGCUGCCAGAGUUCAAGAUCAGCCAGGGUAAAGAUGGAUGAUGAACGGGCUGAAAGCCUGAAUGAAUCUGGAAGAGAAAGAGACUCUUUGAAGAUGGACACAGAGAUGGAUCCAGUUAAAGAUCUCCAGACCUCCAAAGACAUCCAGCCCUACCACCCUCCUCUGUCCCAGUCAGGGCUCCCCAUAAUGGGAUCCCUCGACUAUCCCGACGCCCCUCCAACCACCCCCCUCCUCCCUGAGCUUGAGAGGAGCAGACACAGUUUUGCCCGGAAGCUGAAAGGAGGCUUGGCAAAGGUGUUCCUGCCCUCACCUCCUCCACCAACCCCAAAGGACAAAGAGGACGACGUUGACUCUGUCAACAACCCCCGGAUGGAGUUAAUAGAGCAUCUGAUGCACUCACUGUCCACAGAUGAUUUGGCAAGAGACUACUUUGAAGUGGGGUCUCAGCAUGGAGCCAAGAUGGAGGUUUUUGCAGAGGCUCUUUCGUGUAAUAUCAUAGGCUGCGUCCUGAGUGCCAAAAGCAGAGAGCAGAUAGCACAUGAUAAUGAUCUUCAUCUACUGGCCCACCGACUGGCUGAGACCAUCAUCACCUCCUCCCUUGAUGAAGCUAAAAACGCACGUCUGGAGUUUUAAUGUAACUGUUGGGAUCAUGUUUGUGAUGACUGGCAGGUACACCGACACAAGAGAACAGAAACAUUGAUAUCCACCCACGUUACUUUCCACCGCUGCCUGACAUUUUCAUAGCAGUGUGACUUCCUGCAAUAAUAUUGUUCUGUCAUCUAAAGUUGAUUCACUGAAUUUGUUUCUCAAUAAAGUUCAGUUAAGGCUCAUCCAGAUCCUGAAAUAUUAUCCAUUCAUUGCAAAAGAUGCUGACAGAUUCAACAAAAACAUGAUUGACUUGCAGUUCAAACAGACUGUGGCACUUUUAUGACAUACAUUUUAGAUGUUCGAAGAUAAACUGAAGGUAAGGAUUUUAUUCCAAGAUGGAUUAAAAGUAGUAGUAGUGAAAGUAGAAUUUUAAAAAAUGCUGGAAGGAAAACACCCAUAGCUGUGAAUGUGAUUUUGACUGGGAUCCAACAGCAAUUACCAUACAUGUCCUUUAGGUGGCAGUAGAAGAGCAAUGUUAUUUUCAGCAUGAGGUCAGCAAGGUUAACCUAUUUAUCCCGCCACAAGUAAAUGGUGCACUAUGAUCGAGUGCAGUGUGGGGAAAUUAAAUGCAGAACGAUCCAUUUAUCCCUGGACUCAGAUGAAAAUUGGCAUUUGGGAUGAAUUUGUGUCCUGGCUCAAAGAAAAUUCAUUUUCAUACUCACUUACUUAAUGAGGUCAGAUCCAGAAGAGGAGGGAGCCAUGGUGCUUAACUAAACGGUGAUAUGAGCCGGCAAAGUUGGAAAAACCCUGUUUUCUUUUCUUUCUUUUUUUUCAAAUCACUAACAACUUGAACACAGUCAGAGAAUGCCAAAUUCCCUGAAAGAGAAGCUUUGCUGAACCUUUAAAGAGCAGUUGCAAAUAAAGAGUUUUAUUGUUCCUCUUA